UGCGGCGGCGACGGCCUGGGCCGACUGUGCACCGUGCGCAGGCGCGGAGCCUAGACCUCGCUGCAGCCCCCAUAGCCUCGGGGAGUCGCACAGACGGAGUCCGCCUGCUGGCGCGUCAGUGUUCUCCCCCUCGUCCACCCUCCCCGGUCCCCCCAGCGCCCUUCGCGCCCGGAUGGCGGAGCUGCGGCCUAGCGGCGCCCCCGGCCCCGCCGCGCCCCCGGCCCCUGGCCCUAGUGCGCCCCCGGCCUUCGCCUCGCUCUUUCCCCCAGGACUGCACGCCAUCUACGGAGAGUGCCGUCGCCUUUACCCUGACCAGCCGAACCCGCUCCAGGUUACCGCUAUCGUCAAGUACUGGUUGGGCGGUCCAGACCCCUUGGACUAUGUUAGCAUGUACAGGAACGUGGGGAGCCCUUCUGCCAACAUCCCUGAACACUGGCAUUACAUCAGCUUUGGCCUGAGUGAUCUCUAUGGUGACAGCAGAGUCCAUGAAUUUACAGGAACAGACGGGCCUAGUGGUUUUGGCUUUGAAUUGACAUUUCGUCUGAAGAGAGAAACAGGGGAGUCUGCCCCCCCAACCUGGCCAGCAGAGCUAAUGCAGGGCUUGGCCAGAUACGUGUUCCAGUCAGAGAACACCUUCUGCAGCGGGGACCACGUGUCUUGGCAUAGCCCUUUGGAUAACAGCGAGUCAAGAAUUCAGCACAUGCUGCUGACCGAGGAUCCACAGAUGCAACCCGUGCAGACACCCUUUGGGGUAGUUACAUUUCUCCAGAUUGUUGGCGUCUGCACCGAGGAGCUCCACGCAGCCCAGCAGUGGAACGGGCAGGGCAUCUUGGAGCUGCUGCGGACGGUACCCGUCGCUGGCGGCCCCUGGCUGAUAACUGACAUGCGGAGGGGAGAGACCAUAUUUGAGAUCGACCCACACCUGCAACAGGAGAGAGUUGACAAAGGCAUCGAGACGGACGGCUCCAACCUGAGUGGUGUCAGUGCCAAGUGUGCCUGGGACGACCUGAGCCGGCCCCCUGAGGACGAUGAGGACAGCCGGAGCAUCUGUAUCGGCACGCAGCCCCGGCGGCUGUCCGGCAAAGACACAGAGCAGAUCCGGGAGACCCUGAGGAGAGGACUUGAGAUCAACAACAAACCUGUCCUUCCGCCAAUCAACCCUCAGCGGCAGAACGGCUUCACCCACGACCGGGCCCCGAGCCGCAAAGAUAGCCUGGAAAGUGACAGCUCCACGGCCAUCAUUCCCCACGAGCUGAUCCGCACACGACAGCUGGAGAGUGUGCAUCUGAAAUUCAACCAGGAGUCAGGGGCUCUCAUUCCCCUCUGCCUAAGGGGCAGGCUCCUGCAUGGACGGCACUUUACAUAUAAAAGUAUCACAGGUGACAUGGCCAUCACAUUCGUUUCCACGGGAGUGGAAGGCGCCUUUGCCACUGAGGAGCACCCUUAUGCAGCCCAUGGACCCUGGUUACAAAUUCUGUUGACUGAAGAGUUUGUAGAGAAAAUGUUGGAGGACUUAGAAGAUUUGACUUCUCCAGAGGAAGGACUUACCUCAUCCUGGAAAGUCCCUUCCCCUCCCCCGGCCUCCUACGAAGCAGCACCCCAGUGGGAUCUGAGCCUUGUUGGCCUCAAUGCCCCACAGUUCAAACUUCCCAAAGAGUACAGCUGGCCGGAAAAGAAGCUCAAAGUCUCCAUCCUUCCCGAUGUGGUGUUCGACAGUCCACUGCACUAGCCUGGGCUGGGCCCUGCAGGGGCCAAGGGAGAGCCCAGCUGCUCCCCGGUGACUUCCAGAGUACCAACUGCGGACACGCGAACCCCACAAAUAGGACACGCGUGAGGAGGGCUGUGCAGCCACCGCACCGCCUCCCCUGCAGCUCAGGGGCCUCCCCCCGCCCCCCCCCCCCAAGCCGGCCAAGCACCCCCCCCCCCCCCCCCCCCCCCCGCCGGGGCUGGGAGCGGGUAAAUGCAAACCUUCCCCUCCUGCUGCUGCUGCAGGUCGUGAUUGGAAAUGUGACUCUGGACCUUCGAUGUUGUGCCCUUAGGUGGAGACCCGCCUCAUUGUCACCUCUCCCCUGCCGUGGGCCGUCCAGCAGGAGGGAGUGGAGUGGCCGGGGUGCGCACGGCCCAGCUCUGCGGUGGGAAGCCUUUGCUAGGCCAGGUCCUCCGGCCACGGAACAAUUCCUCCGAUCCUGUUUGGUUUUCUUCCUCCUUAUUUUAUUUUGUCGAAACCGGAUGGUAUUUUAUUGGUCUUCAAAGAUGUCCAGAAGCCGUGUAUAUAAUGUUUUUUAAACAGAACUUUAUUCCCAGAUGAACUUUCUCAUUCUCUCAGACGAAGGCCUGGGGCUGUCUCCCCCUGAGCCACCACCAGAGAAGGUGCCGGCGUUCGGUUCGCCUGCCAGCCCAGGACCCUGGAGGAGCCAGCUUCACAGAGAGGCUGAUUUCUUCCCAGCGGGGCCAGGUGGAGCUUGGGGCAGGGGGAGAGCUGAGCUGCUGCCCCAUACAGCCUUCGGCCCGUUUAGCCAGCUGGGGCCAGGAGUAGGUGCCGCUGGUUCUCCAGCGGACUAGGCCCCUGGCAAAGUUCCAGGACCACCAGGGUCUCAGAGACUUGCUAGCCCCGGCCUCCCCUUCUGGGCCUUGUCCACCCGACCAGGGCUGCCUGAGGGAGGGUGAGGCCCAGCACCUCGUAGACCAUCCCCACCUGCCACUCAGGGCCUAGGUCUGCAGCUCUUUGACCACUCCUGUCCCAUUUCCUCCUCCCCUGGGCCUCCCAGCCUCCAGGCUGCAGGACUCUGGCAUAUUAAAAGUGGAAAAACCAACCUCUCGCCAUGUCCUUCGCUCUGAUUUUGCAAACACCGCACCCUGCCGCCCUCAUUCUCCGUGUCCGCUCGCUUCCUGUCCUUCAUCCCGGUGCCCAUGUCGCCCCCCCCCCCCAUGCCUCUUCCUGCAUCCUGGGCUCUCCCAGUCCCUUGCCCCUCUACUGCAGAUCUCAUGGUCUUCCUCCUAGAAAUAGACCUAUCUCUGGCCCGUGGAUUUGGGGUUCCUUUUGGGUUGUCUCCCACUUCUGCCUGGAAUCAACAAGCCCCUUCGUGCCCUCUCACCCCUGACUCUAGGGACUGCUAUUUCAGGCCUCUCCAAAGCAAAGUCCUUUGGUCUGUCAUGGGCCUCGUAGGGCCAUGCACUGCCCCGUCUGCACCCGCCACACACACAGGCCACUACAGCAGUGCCACAGGUGGCCCAUGAGGUGCAGGACGCCGCUGAUGAGAGACUCAGCCAAAGAGCUGCCUCCAGGGGUCAUGAGGGCAGGGGCCAGGCUCUCCAGGGAGCAAGAUUUGGACUUCCAAGGGGCCACCAGGCCCUGGCCGCUUCUCUGCACACACCCUCAGGGCUACCCAGUUAACAACAUCAAACUCAGAGCUUCAAGGUGGAUCAGCCUGGGAGACUGGGAGAGAUAGGCUCCAGGCCUCCACCAAUGAAGAUGGAAGCUCCUCUGGACCUGUUGUUGGCCGCAGCUGUGCCUUCUGCUCCAAGGACUUUUCCAAAAGGACAUUUUCUAGCCACUGCCCACCAUAGUACCUCUGCCUUUGAAGCUCUUGUCAUCUAAUGUUCAUGGCCAGAGAGGUGUCAUUAGCUUGUCUCCUUUCCGUGCCACCCUGGCCCACCUCUCCACAAAUUCUUUCUUUCUGGGGACCUGCCUCUGCCUGUCUGCUUUGGCUGAUGGGGAGGAAGGUAUUUUCUGAGCUAAGCUUUGUCGUCAGUAUGGGAGGCAGGCGGGAAGCCGGUGAGCUCUGAGACAGUGAGCCCAUGAAGCCUGUGGCCCCUUCCUGCCCCAUGAUGCCAGCAACCUCCAAGGCCUCCCUCUCCUUUCCCUACAGUGCACUGGCUCCAGAGGAGUAGCAGGGCAUCCACCAUCUCUGACCAGGCCUUCCAGAGGUUUCUCUGGAAGGGGGCUCUCCACUGAGCUUCUGGCUGGUAAGAGGGGACCCUCACUGAGGACCAAGUGAGGCCAACCCCGUAGCGUGCCCGGCAUAGCACUUGGCAUACAGUGGGUACUCACUAAAUGUACCGCUUCCUUCCCUCCCUGCGGUGCUUCGGGAGCCCUGACAUAGUGAGUCAGGGAGGUAAGAAGCCUCCCUCCUAAAUCUGCCUCUUCCUCGUGGCUUCCCUGUGGCUUGCCCAGUCCCACCCCCUCCCUCCAGGUCCCUGUGGCUCAAGCUUCUGAGAGGAAGGGGCGCCCCCGUACGUACACAUGGCAGACUCUGGGACUCUUCAGGUCCUGUGUGGGCUGCAAGUGGGCUGCAGCCCCAGCUGUCAUUCUGCGGGUGUGGAGUGGCUCAUGCAAGGUCUCAGGUCUGUCCAGGGAGCUGGUCCCUCUUCCUCCCCUUCUCUUCCUCUUCCAAAGGCAAGGCUUCCGGGCAGGGACUAGGAAGCCUUGGGGAGAGUCUAAAGGGCUAGAGUAUUUUUAAGAAAAAUGCAUACAGGGUCUUGGGGCUGGGUUUUGAGACUGAGUUGAGAGCAGGGAAAAAAACCUCGAAGGUUGGUGCCCCUAUGGGGCAGACCAGUAGAGAACUCCCUUGACUGUAUUUUUUUAUCCAGUUGUCUUUCCUCUCUGGCUUCCAGGUCCUCUGCGCCAGGUAAGGUGCCUGGGUCCCUGUUACAAGUCAGGAGCCCUGUAGAGAGAGCCCUCCUUUUGUACAAGUACCUGAAUGCUGCAACGAGCAGACUUUUGUAAAAUUUUAUAUUAGUUUCUAAUGUCGACUGCGACUCGGUUCCUGGGGGCUGCAGCCAGCCUGGGACUUUUGUAAGAAUUUUUGGGUGACUCACUUAGAUGUCGUUUCCUUCUUGCUCCCUCUUCCUCUGUGUAAUCUAAGUGCAUUAAACAUAUUUGCA